AUGGAGGAACAGGGUUAUAAUAUUCAAAAUGAUCGGCCGGGUCUUUACAGGACCAUGAGGCAUCCAACCGCUAUGGCUUUUGUGUUUACUGCAGUUGUGCAUUUGCUGGAAGUUGUGCGAGCUUGCAUAAGCGAGCCUUCGAUUGCAGAUGCGCCCGGGCAUGGCUGGGCAAAAGUCUGCAGAAUAUUUCAGGAUCUGGGAACUGCACCACCUGAAAAAGUUUAUGUGAUAGGAAAUACGAUCAAGUUCAGAACUGGCGAUUUGACAUGCCUCAAAACAAACAUGCCAAUUAAAAUGUUGAUCACUAACACAAAGGUCAGAAGAAAUACAAAGGCGUUGGUAGUUGGCGUCUCAGAGAGGACAAUGAGGCAUCCAACCGCUAUGGCUUCUGUAUUUACUGCAGUUGACUCCAUCAGCAACGAGUUAGCUACCAUCAUUCAGUCACCUGUCUCCGAUGAUCUUGCCAUAACUGAGAAGGAAGAGAAGCUGGGAGUGUUGAUGGAGAUGAACCAAGGAUUGCUGCAGUGCAUGGGCGUUAGCCAUGCCUCUAUAGAAUCUGUGCUUCGAUCGACUCUAAAGUACAAACUAUCUUCCAACUUAACUGGAGCUGGUGGUGGAGGCUGUGUUUUGACACUACUACCUACACUGCUAUCAGGAACGGUUGUUGAUCAGCUGAUGGUUGAGUUAGAGACAUUCGGAUUCCAAUGUUUUGUUGCCGGGAUUGGUGGAAAAGGUGUAGAAGUUUCAUUUAAUGCCCCUUUCUUGAUCAUAACCAGAGGCAAUAGUUUGACGUCAUGAGAUUUGUCUGUGCAUUGUUAAACGUUGAUAUUCAUUCUUGUAGUAUCUGCUUUAAUUUUGUAAUUGAUACCACAGCAAUCGUUGUCUAAUUAUUGAAUUUUGUUAGCCAAUAACAACCCAAGAAACAUAGAGCCUUGCCCUUGAAUUGUUAUAGUUCAGGUGUUAAUCACUUGAAGAAACUGCAGAAAAUAAUUCAUUUCUUUUUUAAUGUUUGAGCGGCAAAAUUAAUAAGA